CUCUGGGGGAGGCGGGCGGGGAUUCGUUUCCUGCUCCCGGCGGGACGGGUAGGGCCCCGGUGGCAGCCCUGGGGUUGCCAGGCUCGGCUCCCCCGUGGGGUGAGCGCUCUGCGGGAGCUGGGGUCGGGGCGCCCGGCGGGGCAGCGUCCGCGGCUGGUCCUGCCCCGGGAGCCGAGUCUCGCUUCGUGCCUGUUUCCUUUUUCUCUCUUUUCUUCCAGACUGCGCUGUCUCAGGCUGGGACGUGCUCCUCCUGCUUUCCGAAGCCGCGCUUGCGGGGCUGGGAGCCCUCUCUGCUUCUCCCUUGCUUCCCCUGGGGUUGGGUGCGUGCCCGGGAUGGAGGAUGGCGUUGGCCUCUGGACACGGCCUUUAGUCCCUCUUGGCAGUUCAGACUGUGCCUCUGCCCUGAUCUCCAGGGAAGUGGCUGGUGGCAUCCAUGUCCAUCCCUGCUGUGGUGCAGCCAAAGGCUUGCAAUCCUGCUGGUGUGUCAGAGUGGAGAGAGCCACUCUGGGGUACGUGCCCCUGUCUCACUGUGUGGCACCCAAGGAGGGCACCAUUAUGGUUGCUAGCUUAUGCAGGUGUCUGUGUUGCAGCCUUCCUCCUGCAAAUGUUUUCAUCUGUAGCAAAUGUUGAGGUGAACAUUGCAGUUAGGCUGUAUGGUGGAGGCAACCUAAGCAGGUCUCUGCUCUGCAAGCUGGCUCUUGGGGGCUUUUUGAAGGAGUCCGGUUUGGGAGCCUCAAGUAAACACUCUUAAAGUUUUAGCUUGUCUCUCCCUUUCCUUGCCCCUGCUACUCUAAUGGCUAUGCUUCAUCUCUUAAUAAACACCUUCUGCAGUGCAGGACUGGAUCCCUUCUCUGAAGGUGUGUGUUCUUCAGCUGCUACCAUGUCCACUGCUCAGGCUUCUGAGUUAAAACAAAAGUGAUACAGACAUCGUCUCUACCACAUAGUAGAGUGCGCUUGUUCAGGAGCCCACAGUGAGAUACUUUAAGUUGUUCUUUUAUUCCUGUAGUGCUUCCUUAAAGGGAGGCUUGUAGUAAGCAGCUGUUCUCACUUGACCUCCAGAGGAUGGGCAAUGUGUUUUGCUCCUUGUUCACACCUGUUUUCACUCUUUCUGCUUUUCCCUCUGUUUCUUCUGUCUGUUAGCUCCUCCAAGCCCAAUUUGUGAGCACAGCACAGAGGCCCAAGAGGCCAUGUGAAAAAGAGGUUCUCUCAGAGUGUUUGUCCUCUGCCCAUUACCCACGGUGUGCCUUGCUUGGGAGCCAUGCCUUCCAUAAUGGCAGGACGGGCCAGCUCGGCAGCCCACUUUCCCAGGCACUGUGAAGCACAAGGCAGGCUGAGCUGGCGUGGACUUUCCUCUCUGCUGGAGCAGGCCAGAGGAAGGAGCAUGUGAGGAGGAAAUACAGCUGCUCUGGAGCACUUCUGCCCUCUGUGCGGUGGGAGCACGUGAGGGGAGGGCAGACACAGAAAGGGAGUUUCAGGAAGAGAGUAUGAGAGAAUCGGGGGGACAGAGGAAAGCUACGAAUGGAAAAGAAAAGCUUUUUAUAUGUGCAUAAAUGUUAUUUAAAUAUCUGUUUAGCUGGGACAAGAGCAAGUAUCCUAAAAAUAUGAGAUUGUAUCUCUGGAGUCUCUCUUAUGGUUCCUUGAGAAAGUGCUGCUUUUCAUUCCUCAAGUAUUAUGUGUGUAUUUCUGCCUCCCUCUUCUGUGGCUCUUCAGCAUCCUCUGACCUCCAGCUGAGCAGCAUGUUGCCCUUAGCAUCUGCCUGUCAAAUGUGUAGUUCUCCAUGUUGUACAUGAAAUGACUAUUUCCAUAGUUGGUUAAGGCAAGUUCCCGAGGAAUGUGAAGUGAGAGGCAUGCCAGUUGCUGUGGUUGGCCUUGACUGGAAUGCAAGCUCUUUGGGGCAGGGGCUGUGCCCUGGAGGCUGCAGUUACUCUACACAUUGCCCUUGGCAGCUUAGGGAUUUCUGUUUGGCUCAUGUUCCUCCCAUCCUCUCUUAUCUCAUAUUGCUGGUCACAUAUACCUCCCCCUGUGCUGCAGCUCAUUCAGCCUCCCACUUAUCUGUGGGGUUCUGCUAUAAACUGAAUUGCUGAAAGGUUCAACAAUCUGGGUUAAAAACCUCUGGGAAAGGAGAGAGGAAUGUGCAACCUGGAAAAUGUUACUGAGAUCUAAUUGACUUCAGCAAGUCUUUUCUGGACUGGAUUUGCCAGGCCUCCUAUUCUGUGCGAGCAUUUCUCCUGCUGGUGAGGAGGUGUUUUAGCAAGACUAGACAGAGCUCAGCCUUCCACCAUGCCUGUGCCUCCCCCUCCAGCUCCCCCUCCACCCCCAACGUUGGCCUUGGCAAAUACUGAAAAGCCAUCCCUAAGCAGGGCAGAACAAGCAGGGAGAAAUGCUCUAUUAUCUGAUAUUACCAAAGGAAAAAAGCUCAAGAAGACUGUUACUAAUGACAGAAGUGCUCCAAUUCUAGACAAACCCAAAGGACCUGGUGGAGGUGGCAGCAGUGGCUUUGGAGGAGGUGGCAGUGUCAGCAGUGGUGGGUUUGGUGGUGGCGGCGGUGGCAGCUUUGGUAGUGGUGGACCGCCUGGCCUCGGAGGCCUUUUCCAAGCAGGAAUGCCAAAGCUCAGAUCUGCUGCGAGUCGAGAUGCUGAUGCCGGCGGAGCCCGCCCGCCCGCCCUGCCUCCCGGAGGACGCUCCGCAGCCGCCAAGCCCUUCUCUCCGCCGAGCGGCCCGCCGCGCUUCCCGGCGCCGCCCUCGGGGCCGCGGAACUCCGCUCCCGAGCCGCAGAGGAGCCGCCUGCCACCGCCGAGGCCCGACGUCGGCUCCAAACCCGAGCCCGUGCCGCCCCCGGUGCCCAGCACCCCCCGGCCCAUCGCCUCCAGCCUGUACAACAGGGGUUCGCCACCGGUGCCCGGCGUGAGCCGGCAGCCCAGCCUGGGGCCCUCGCCCCCGCCGUUCCCGGGCAGCCGGAGCGCGGGGCCGGCCGGGUCCCUCCGGCAGCCCGGUCCCAGCGCGGCAUCCCCCUUCUCCGGCCGGCCGCCGCUGCCGCCCACGCCGGGCCGGCCGGGGGAGGACAAGCCACCGCCCCCGCCGCCCCCCGCCGGGCACAGAUCCCCCGCCGCCCGGGAGGCGGCUCUGCCCCCGCCGCCGCCGCAGAACAGCAAGCCACCCGUGCCCGCCGCCCCCCGGCCGGCCCUGGGCGCCCCGGCCCCCCCGCCGCCCCCCAGCCGGCCCGGGCCGCCCCCCGUCCCGCCCGUCCCCGGCGGCACCGAUGAGAUGCCGCGGCUGCCCCAGAGGAACAUCUCGCUGGGCUCCUCCUCGGCGGCCGGCGGCGGGGGGGGCCGUUCCGGACCCCUGCCCCCCCCGCCCAGCGAGAGGCCCCCGCCGCCCGUCAGAGACCCCCCCAGCCGAUCAGGCCCCCUCCCACCGCCCCCUCCCGUGAGCAGGAACGGCAGCAUUUCCAGGGCUCUGCCUGCUGCUCCCCAGCUGCCCUCCCGGGCAGGGCUGGACAGCCAGAGAGGUGGACCCCGACCGCCGCUUCCUCCCGACCGACCGGGCUCGGCAGCACCGCCACCACCACCGCCGCCAUCAUCAGCUGUCAGAAAUGGCUUCCAGGACCCAGGUGAUGAUGAAUGGGAAAGCAGAUUUUCUUUUCAUCCUAUAUCUGAUUUACCACCUCCAGAGCCAUAUGUACCCGUGAACAGAAGUUAUCCCAGUAAACUAGCAAGAAAUGAAAGUAGAGGUGGCUCUGGCCGAAAAGAAAGAGGUGCCCCCCCGCUUCCACCUAUACCAAGGUGAAAUGGGUUCUGGCCCGUCUUUGGGCGACAUCUGUUUUCAAGUUUCCUUCAAGUCGGCUCUCCUGCCCACAUCAUUGGAAAGUUGUCUGUUUUGCUUUAUUUCCACUUUUGGCUUGCCAGCUGGAACAAACUUCAGUCUCUAUUACAGAAGUAAUAGAUGCAGCUUAUGAACUGUAGUUGCUCACAGCUAUAAAUUUUAUUUGCUUGUACCACAGGCUGGCAUAAAAGGCAUUUUGUGGACCAUACGCAACAUACAUGCAUCAUGCUUACCAUGUCCAGCCCUGUGCCCUUUGAGAGCUCCACAGAGUUGUGGCUUUUAAUUUAAUGAGAGCUGGAACAAAGCUGUUUCAUUCACUCUGGGUACAGUAGCUGUAUUAUUUGAAUGAUAAAGUACAAUCUAUUUUCUGUUUAAAAAACAGUUUGUGGGGAAAACCAUGUAGCCAAGAGUCCCCUAGAUCCUUCUUUGCAUGCCUGACUUGGCCCAUCUGCUUCUGCAGGCCAUAGGCCUACUAUAUGGUGACCAAGAGUUCAUCCUGAACCUUUUCACUUCAGCUUAGCCAAGCAACUCUUAUUUCAAACAAGAGCUCGUACAUCCUGCCUUGAGGACAAAGUGUGUCUGGCCUUGAUUUUAUCUGGAGAGAGAGUCUUCCAAAGAAAAGCACAAGUGAAGAAUUCAGCAGCAUAAAAAUAUAUAUGUUUUUAAUCCCUCUUUCCUGCUUUUUAAUAAUAUUAUGCUUUAGUUCACCUGAUUCUUUCCUACUCUGAUGUGGACCAACCCACAGUCAUCCAUGUCCUGGAUUAUUGUAAUGCACUCUACCUGAAGCUACAAUUGAAGAGGCCCCAGAAAGCAGUCUUGGUGCAAAAGCAGCAAUUAUUUGUAGUUGCAGGCUCCUUCUGUAAAGCAUUGCUAACACCGGUGCUCCACAGACUGCCUUCCAGUUGUUUCUUUGGUACAAUUAAAUGAUGGGGCUUGACUUAAAAAGCUUCCUGGGGCUUAGGUCACAAGUCUCAGAGAGGUUGUAUUUGAUUUGCAUUACAGUAGAGAAGCUGAGGUCAAAAAUGUGCAUAAGUGAAAGCCCUUUGAUGUAGGGAAGGAGGUUUGGGGCUUGUGCAUUCAAGUGAAAGCAUCAGCUCCAAAAUUUGCUGUCUGCACUGGUUCAAGAGAAAUGGGAAGAUCUGGCCUUCUGAGUUUACCAUGAGGCCUCUCCUUUCAACCUCUGCUGAAAGGGGUCUCCACGGAGAGCUGCAAGGCUUACAUUAGCAGAAGAGAGAGUAAAGUGUUCUCACAUUGUGACAACUGGUUAAUAUGUUUAAUGGCUUUUGAAUUUUGUAUACGAGAAAAGAGUUUAUUGUAUGAGUACAUUUUACAAAUGCAACUAAACAUAUAAAAUGCCUUUGGAAAUUAGAGCAAGAUUAUAAUUCUGGAUUUGAAAUAUUGCUGAAUGAUAGGUCUUUGUUAAUUGGGCUUCUGAACAUUAGUUCUGAAAAAUUUCUCCACUGUCUCCUCAACAGUUUCUAUUUCUUCAGUGUACUCCUUGGAUUGUUACCAAGCCUGUAGCAGCAGCCAUGCUUAGUAGUCAUGUAGGUUAAGAAAAUGUUUCUCUAGCAUGGGAGACAUGAUCCGGAGUACACUGUGCAGCUAGAAUGAGGUCAGUCCUUGAAAAUCCAGGGAGUUUAGCCGAAGAGAGUCUGGACCCCACUGGAGUGUCUGUGUUCUGGCAGGGGGUGUGGAGGGGCAGAUCCCCGUUCUGCCCCACAGCCUGGGCAGUCGCCAUGAAGGGGAUGACACAGAGUUGGAUUUGGAUUUGGCCUGAUCAAAUUCAAUUUAGCCUUUUCAGUGUUUGUUUACAAAUUCGUGUUAGCUGUGAUAGCAUUUGAUUAUGUACCUGGGUUUUUUUACAUUUUUCUAUCUAAUGAACUAUUUUAAGUUACUAUUUAUGGUCUUGAACUUGCAAUUAAAUGCGCAGGCGCAGGGAUGUAUCUACAUCUAAUUGCAGGAUCGUGGCUGUAAGAGUUUCUUAAACAGAUAUUAGUGGGACCUCCAUGUGACAGGUGCACCUUGGGAUCAAACAUAGCAAUACUGAAUUUGUAUAUGUAUUUUAUGGAUGUCAUAUCAACAUAUGCACUAUACAAAGUGCCUGUCUCUUUGGGAUAUUAUGUGAAUAGAAGUCCAAAUAAGAUUUUUAGGAUAAUAACUUAAAGGAUAAAUUAUUAUAUUCGUGUUAUUCAACUGAAACACUUAUAACUUUCUAAGGAACAACAUUUUGAAUUUAAGAAUACAAUAUUUUCAGUACCUUGACCAGCCAAAUCCUAAUUAAUACCCAAAUAGCUACACAGCCAAAAAAAAACCCUCCAGAAAUGAUACCUUUCUUGUAACUUACCUGCUUCCAGCAUGACUGUUUUACUGUGACUAAGUCAAUGAAAAUGCUGCACACUGUUCUGCCAUCUCCCAGCAUCAUUCAAAAUAUCCUAUACUUGAUCUUUUGAGCAAGGUUUUCUGACUAGAAAUUCUGGACCACUACCAAAGACUUGGCAAACCAGCCUCAAUCUCACUGUAUAAUUUGUUUUGUAAAAGGGCCUCAGUCAACAAGCCAAGAAACCUGAGCUGCUUGGGUUUUAGCACUUCUUUGUACUAUAGAAUCCUCUUCAGAAUGAAUGUUUUGCAUAUGUUUAAAACAGCUGAACAAUGCAGAAAGAGAUAUUUUUUUCACCUAACAACAACUUUACCGUUUAUAUUUUUUGCUGUAAAAGUCCCUAAAUACAUUCCAGAACAAUGCAGCAUUUUGUCAUUCAAUAUAUUGCUUCAUAUAUCAGUAGCUAAUUACAUUAUGAUCAGUAUUAAAGUAUUUAUUUCACUAUGAAGUGUUAAAAAGAAUGCAAGACAUACUGAAUCGGUGGUGCCUUAUGACUUUUUCAGUCAACUUUUCUGUCUCUCGCUAGAAAAAUUAAUAGGUGUUGCUCUUCCGAGCCCUAACACAGACAGUGCCGACAGUAGCGUCACACAGCGUUGGAGCCAAGUCCUGCUGCUGCGGUGGCUCACUCUGCCAACUGCGUGUUGAGCUCAGUGUAUGCAGAGAUGAUGGGAUCGGUCUGCAGGUGAGAUGUAGGUGGGCACUGGUUAACCUCAGUGUCAGUUGUUGGUAUUGCUCUGGCAAUUCAAUCCUUUCCCAAACCAGUGUCUCACGCUGCUGUCCAUACAGCCCAGCUGCCUUCAGUGUGGUUGCAUAUGUUAUUAGAGGACUACAUUUGAUUUACUGCUUGCAUAUAAGAUCUAGUGGGUUUGUUUCAAUGGCAUUGUAUUAUAAACCUUCAGACCUUAAACUAUCUUUUUAUCUCAUCACUAAGACUCACAUUACAUGACAACAGCCAUGGAUGUUAAUUUUUUGUUAAUUCAAGUCAGUAAAUAAAAUGGGAAUAACUUUUGUACCAUGUUACAAUAAUUUCUGCUCAAUAAUUUUGGAGAAAAAGCACCUGUUAUGUCUGUUGUCUGUUAUGACUUUCUGCGCCAGCCGUUGAGAGAAGAGGUCACAGUGUUUAAUGUUCAGAAUAGUUUAAGGAAAUGCAGCUUGUGAUUCAGGAAGCCUGUAUUUCUGUAAAUGAACUACUUCUUAAAUAAGGUCACAAAGUUUUUGCUUAGAAGCCAGCAUUUCCAACAUUAAAAUGAUUGUAAGAACAACAUUUUUUUUCCUUCAAGACUGAGCUAUUAAAGAAGAUCCUUACAUUGUUGCUUAAAAAACUGGACAGUAGUUUCUCCUUGCAGCAACAACUGUUUACAUGUCACCUGUAGAAGCAGGUCUCUGUUGGAGCAGAGGAUGAGGGGACUAAAUUGCUAUAGUCCUUCACAUAUAUUGGAACAUAACAAUUUUCUGUGUAAAUGUAUGCAAAUAGAAAGGGUGCUUUUUGCCUUGGAAGCAAAGAAUAGAAUUGAAUGAUCAAACUGGGAUUAUUUUAAGCAGAAUGUCAAAUGUCAAGAGACCUAGAGAGGGUCCCUCAACCACAGGACACUGGAAAGGAGAAGAUCACUCAUUCAAUUGGCUAAAUGUUGCAAUCAGUAAGAGUACAAAUCACAAUAUAAAAUGUGCAUGUGCAUAAUGCCACAUCACAACAGUGUGAACACCGUUGUCUCACAGUCAGGUGCGAAGAACCUGUUAUGGCGGUACAUUGACUCUCUGUAACUUAUAUCAUAUGAACUUUAAUCUUUCAAACUGUAUUUACCAGAAAAUAAGGAGAAUCUCUUACCUAAGAUACCUGGUAGCACAUAAAGUGUAGCUCAUUCAUGGAUUGGUUCUUUGUGUACACGGGAAGAGAAUGGGGAUCUCAUAGCCUGCAAGGUGGACGAGUCUGUUCCAUUCAGCUGAAAGGUAAACCUGGAGUGCUGGUGAAAGGGCUGUUGGCGUUACUCAGCAGAAGCAGGGCACGUGUAAAUGUUCUCAGUGAGUAUGCGGCAGGUAGGUAAACAGACUAAAAGAAAAAAAUGGAAAGUGCAUGUCUUAAAAAAGGGAGUAACCCUUCAGAACGUUGCCAUUUUGAAAUACAGUUUGUCUGUGAUAAAUGUUUUUAAUGCAAACUAAUACAUGCAAACGAAGACCUCUAAAUUGGAACUUCCAAAGCCACACAAGACAAUGGAAGAGAGAGAAACGUAGGCCAAGCAGAAAGUAACAUGUUUUUAUCAGAUGCUUAAAGUUUGAGCUUUUUAUAAAAUAUUAAUCUAGUUCUGUGAAUAUUUUUCUGCUUAACAUUUAUUUUGUAAGUGAUUUUGUUCUCCUUAUUUUUUCUGUCCUAUGCCAAAUAAAUUUUACUUUUAUUUAA